CAGUUGGAUCGUGAUGCUGAGGCUUUGAAAAUGAAGGCGAAUUCCAGUCAAUUGCGCAUGAAUCCAAACUUUUACAUUGCUAGAUCGUGCUUCACUCUGGGUUCUUGUCUAACCUCCAACGCAGUACUAAACAGCCAGAAUCUCGGUUCUUUAUUGUGCAAGAUCACAUGGAUUCAGGUUUUAUGUACUUGAAGACCUCUUCCUAUACAAUUAAACUUGGUGAUAUUAUAUUUGAUGGAUGUUUGAUGAGAUUCAUGCCUUGAAGCCAUUCAAAGUUGCCGCUGAUCUCUUGGCCAAGAAAGAUGAUUGACCUUCAUUAUAUGAUAGGUGCAUGUUGGCCUUGGAAGAUACAUAGCACAAGGAGCCAAGUGAAGAUCCCCCAGCAAUUUCAGGCAAGAAACUUACGAGUUACGAAACCGAUCGAAUCUGUGAAACCAGCCAACAACAAGAUGGAGGAGGAGAGGAAGCCGAAAGUGUCUUUUCCCGAAGCUGUUGCAAAGAUCGAUCCUUCAGAUCUUGCGGCUAACCUUGUCGAUAUAUCGAAACUGCAUGGGUUUCAACCGGAGGUUCAGCUAUUGAAAUUUGUCGAGUACCUUGGGAUAACACUUUCCGAUGUGCAAUUUCCAUGGGUGAACAUGUUCAACGACUCUCCUUUCCCCAAGCUGAUCCAUCUCAUCCAUGUCCCAUUAUCUCAGAUUCCUCAUCCUGUCUACAAAACAUCAGUGGAUUGGAUCAACCGAUUCCGUAUUACGACACUCGCUGCCUUUGUAAUGUGGGCGUCUAAACAUAUCCUCACUUGUUUGGAAGAAGCCAAACAACAAGCAGAUCAUCCCAAAGGCGCUGGUGGGGAGAUUGAUGCUGCGCAACAACCUCCUCCUAAAUCCAAAUCUAAGGUAGCAAUAUUUGUUGCAUUAGCAAUGGUAUUGCGUAAGAAGCCUAAAGCUUUGGCUAUUGUAUUGCCGGCUAUGAGGGUUAGGCGUAAGUAUCUGGGACAGGACAAGCUUCCCUUUAUAGUUUGGAUGAUGGCUCAGGCCUCCCGAUAUAGUUUAGCUGUAGGCUUGUUUUCAUGGGUGCGUAACUUGUUACCACUAGUCGAUACCUACUCUCCUCAGUCAACAGAUCUCAUCAUGCAGUUGGUUGAGAAAAUUUUGUCGAAUCCAAAAGCUCGGGCUUUACUUGUAAAUGGAUCUGUUGCAAAGAGAUCACCACGGGUGAUUCCACCUCCUUCAUUUGAGAUCUUGCUAAGGCUUACUUUCCCUGUUUCAUCCGCAAGAGUAGAGGCUACAGAGAGGUUUGAGGCAAUUUAUCCCUUGUUGAAGGAUGUGGCUCUUGCCGGUAUACGAGGAAGCGAAUUAAUGAAACAAGUGACUGAAGAAAUGUUCACUCUUUCUUUGAAAUUAGCUGGAGAAGAAGGAAACCCUCCUUUAGCCAAGGAAGCUACAACAAUCGCUAUCUGGUCAUUGACAGAAAAUGUAGAUUGCUUCAAGCUCUGGGAAAGGCUCUAUUAUACGAAUAAAGAAGCUAGUGGUGCUCUUCUUAAAAGGCUUGUAGGCGAAUGGAAGGAUCAUUACCCCAAACUAUCAUCAUCUCCGGGUGAUAAACUCACUCUCAAUAGAACUAUGUUGAACUUCAUGCUAAUGAACGAAAAAGCCAUCACUGAAGGAGGAGGAGGAGGAGCCAAUUGUUCUCUUUACAAAGAAGCUCACAAGUCCUGCAUAGUGAUCUCGGAAAGACUCUCCCGUGGAAGUGGCUGCCUCAAAGGUGUAGUCAUUGCUGCUGUGGUUCUAGUUGCUGCAGUUUUACUUUCUUUCAACCUGGAGGCUACAUCCGUGCUGCAGAAGCUGGUGGUUUUAAAUGCAAUCAUCAAAACUUUGACGAACUAAAUAAGAGAGAAAUAUCAUUGUCCUUGCUUUUGCUAUAAUAAAUUUGUGAAUACUCCCUCCAAAUAUAAGAUUUUUUGUGUAAAAGAUUAAUACUAUUAAACUAACCUAAAGUUGCGUUUCUA